ACCCUAGGCAAAGAGUAGAUUCUGCGCACCUAAGUUAGAGAUAACUUGAAGAAGCCCACUCUCGUCAGGUUUUAUUUAAACUACGAUGUGGAGUCACUCCAAGACCUGGCAAUAAUAAUAUCAAGGGGCAGCCGCAACCACGGACUCAGUGUUCACAUCUCCUCAUCCCGUAGGACUACCAAUUGACGGUCCGUAAGCUAUAACGAAGAGAAAGAGAGAGACGUCACGACAGCAACUCUUCUGCCCGCGUUAUCUCAAGAGACAAUCGUUAUCAAUGAGGACAUUAGGCAUGGCUGUGUUCAAGCAACAACGAGUGGAGGAUUUUUAUGAAAUUGGAGAAGAACUUGGCAGCGGGCAGUUUGCCAUCGUGAAGCGCUGUAAGGAGAAGAGCACGGGCGUGGAGUACGCCGCCAAGUUCAUCAAGAAGCGGCAGAGCCGUGCCAGCCGACGCGGCGUGCGGCGAGAGGAGAUCGAGCGCGAGGUCACCAUCCUGCAGCAGAUCCAGCACCCCAACAUCAUCACGCUGCACGACAUCUACGAGAACCGCACCGACGUGGUGCUCAUCCUGGAGCUGGUGUCGGGGGGAGAGCUCUUUGACUUCCUGGCCCAGAAGGAAUCUCUGAGUGAGGAGGAGGCCACAGAGUUCAUCAAACAGAUCCUGGACGGCGUUCAGUACCUCCACUCCAGAAACAUCGUGCACUUUGACCUCAAGCCUGAAAACAUAAUGCUGCUGAACAACAAAGUCCCUCUGCCCCGUAUCAAACUGAUCGACUUCGGCCUGGCGCACAAGAUAGAAGAUGGAGUGGAGUUUAAAAAUAUCUUUGGGACCCCUGAAUUUGUUGCUCCAGAGAUAGUGAACUACGAGCCGCUGGGACUAGAGGCCGAUAUGUGGAGCAUAGGAGUCAUCACCUACAUCCUAUUAAGCGGAGCAUCACCAUUCCUGGGGGAGAGCAAACAGGAGACGCUGGGCAACAUCUCAGCCAUGAACUACGACUUCGACGAAGAGUUCUUUGGCAGCACCAGUGAGCUGGCCAAGAGCUUCAUCAGACAGCUGCUGGUCAAGGACACGAGGAAAAGGAUGACCAUUCAGGAUGCUCUCAAUCACCCCUGGAUAAAGUCGCACCAAUGCGCGGCGGCAGUGGAGGAGGGCUCGCGUAAGACGGAGGCGGAGCCAGAGGCCCGGCAGCUGAAGACCCAGCGGCUGAAGGAGUACACCGUCCAGUGCCACGCCGGCGUGCCGCCCAACCGCACCUACGCCGACGCCGAGCGCUUCGCCCGCGCCCUGGACGCCAUGGCGCUGAUGGAGGCGGGCGUGGCGGGCGCGCGGGCGCGGCGAGAGGCCCUGCAGGGCCACGUGGAGGCGCUGCUGUCCGCCUGCGGGCAGCGCCAGGCCUGGCUCCGCGAGGGCGGCGAGGCCGUGCGCCAGGAGCUGUCCCGCGCCCGCCACCAGCUGCGCCAGGCCGAGGCCACGCGGCACGGCCUCCGCCAGGAGCUGCGCGCCACCGACGCCAGCCUGCGCAGCGUGGGCCAGCGCUACCUGGAGCGGCAGACGCACAUGAGCGCGCUCAGGCAGGAGCUGACCUCCGAACUCUGCUGGAUGCAGGAGGUGGUCGUGAUGAGUGGCGAGCACAUGCCCUUUGGAAGCGACGUGAGCGAGGCGUUGAAGGAGCUGCUAAGCCACGCCUGCGGGGCGGAGUUGUGCUCAGAGGCGGGGCCUGAUCUCACGGAGACUGACUAGGGACUAGAACGGGCGGGGACACACAUGGCAAUGUAUACACAUCCUUAGUACAGUUACACGUGCAGACCUGUAGCAUGGCAAUGUAUACACAUCCUUAGUACAGUUACACAUACAAACCUGUAGCAUGGCAAUUUAUACACAUCCUUAGUACAGUUACACAUACAAACCUGUAGCAUGGCAAUGUAUACACAUCCUUAGUACAGUUACACAUACAAACCUGUAGCAUGGCAAUGUAAACACAUCCUUAGUACAGUUACACAUACAGACAUGUCAGCUACUUAGUACAGUACAGUCAAAGUUGUUUCCUCCUGGAAUCACACUCAUCGCUAAUGGAUGUGGAAUAAGACACUGUAGGUCAUUAACUGCAUGACAAGUAUUGCUACACAUGUGUGGGGUUGAAUUUAUUUAAAAUGAAAUCAGUAUUCUCUACGUUGUUAGCGCAUCAUAUCUACUGUAUAUAAAACAUAAUGUAUAUGUUUUAAGGACAUAUAUUGAGAUUAAGGAAUCUCAAUCAUAAAAUUCUAUUUAAAUUGAAUUUAAUCUGAUACCAAAUACACUUUAAACAAACACUUGCUAUACUAAAAAAAAAUGUAAUACCCAAAGGAGAGAUUAAUGAAAUAUUUUGCAUGUCAGUAAUAAUUAAACCAAAGCACUUUUUUUCGGUCAAAAAGGAAACUUUUAUCAGCAAUGGAAACAAACCCUUUGUCAUGAAAUUGUCUCCAUAUGGGACUAUAUACAGUAGUAGGCUGGGUGAACCCUGCCUGAACUUCCGGCGAAUUUGGAUUUCGCCCGGCAGCUCAGGCUGCAAACCUGCACAUCUAUCUCCUCUGUUCCCUGCCAGAGCCUUUGGCUCCAAUCAGAAACUAGCUCAUCCAAAAGACGCACCGGAUCGUUGGUCUGAUUGGUUGAAGGACUGUCCAAGCGUAUGGAGUAAUUUGAACGAUGCCGAUUGAUCGCGCCUCUUGUGCAGUAGAAACAAAGUGCAGCCUCCCCAUACUAAUGUUCAAUCUUAAAUGAUUUAGCUUAGUAUGGUGAUAGCCAGACUAACUACAGAGGGACUGCAGAUGAAAAGUAGUUAUUUUCACUAAUUCUGGCAUAUUUACAUGGUGUUUUUUUAUACAUCAACAUUGAUAGAUAUGCCUGGUCCCUAUCACAUAAACCAAUAAAAUAAAGUAAGUAGAUAUCAUUAGCUUAAGAAGUCUCUCCUUAUUUGGGUAGACUAUUUUACAGUCUAGACACUGAGAAGUCGAAAUAGGCUCAGAUUUGGUGUUAUAUUUAGAGUAAAGGUUAAGGCUGUGUGUGUGUGCGUGUGUGCAUGUGUGGGUGGGUGCUGUGUGCGUGUAUGCGUGUAUGCAAAGAAUCUGAGUGCGGCUUUAGUUCACAGAUAUUAUGCUUCAUAAAUAAUAGACCAUUUGUGAAGCAUCUCGUAUGAGCUAUGCAAAUAAAGGGAAAUCUCAUUAUGCUUUGUCUUGUUUAUUGUAUAGUUUUGCAUUGUGUUUUAUUCCACUGCUGUUUGCAGUGUUCAUUAUUUGACCAGUGUUUGAGCCAUGUCUCUCAUGUCUUGCUGUGAAGAGUUGACGUGUUAUGAUUUCUACUCUUAAAUGGUACCUUAUCAUAGCCUCUUCUGUUAUCUGUACAGUAUAUGGCCCUUACUGUUACUCUUCAACUCAGCACCUGCAGAAGCCACACAAAAGAAACAUGAUGAUGCGCACACACACACACACACACACACACACACACACACAGACACACACACACACACAUGGCUAUGAAAGCAUUGUCCUUUUGUGCAUGAUGUUGUAGAUAUAUGACACAACAGAAAUACAGUAUUUGAAGGAAUUAUUUAUUGUGAUUUUUAAAUAUGCUGUAAUUUCUUUUUUUUUCUUCAAAUGUACAGCACUGUCAUCAUUGUUUUACACUGUGUUCAAAGGGAAAUAAAAAAAAAACAUUAUUUUUCCUGUCACUGUAAUUCAAGCAAUUCAGUGCAAUUACACCACAUGGAAUACAUUUAGUGCAAAAAUAAUAAUUAAAAGACAUUGUACAUGUAUACAGGCUGUACACAUCAUAUCAUAUAUCACAUCAAAUCAUAUCAUACAUGAGUUUAUGAGUACAUCUGCUGAUAUAGCACGAUAGAAUAAAUAGUGUUUAUAGAAUAAAUAGUGUUUAUAGAAUAGGUGGUGCUUAUCUGUCUGAUGAUGGCAAGAUUAGUGUCCUCACUCAUGCCUGAUGUGAC